AACAUCGUCACUGUCAUGGCGGCGCCCGUGAUGGACAGUUGGAGCUGGUUUCCAGCGUUAGCACUGGGAGUUUCUUUCCUGAAAUGUCUGUUUAUCAGCGCAUAUCAUUCCACAGACUUCGAGGUGCACAGGAACUGGUUGGCCAUCACCCACAGCCUGCUGUCCAGGUGGUACCAUGAGAACACCUCAGAGUGGACUCUGGACUACCCGCCGCUGUUCGCAUUGUUCGAGUUCGGUCUGUCCCACGUAGCUCGACACUUUGACAGAAACAUGCUGCAGGUGGAGAAUCUGAACUAUGCCAGCCCGCCCACCGUCCUCUUCCAGAGACUGUCGGUCAUUUUUACUGACCUGGUUUUUAUCUACGCUGCCAAAGAGUGCUGCAGGUGCGUUCAGGAGCAGAAAGGUUCUCGGGAUGUUUUGAAUCGACCCUCCUUCGUCCUCGCCGUUCUUCUUCUCUGGAACUUCGGCCUCCUCAUCGUCGACCAUCUUCACUUCCAGUAUAACGGCUUCCUGUUUGGCAUCCUGCUGCUGUCGGUGUCUAAACACCUGCAGUCUCAGCACCUGCAGGGGGCGCUGCUGUUUUCCAUCCUGCUCAACCUGAAGCACAUCUACCUGUACGUGGCUCCGGCGUAUGGCGUCUACCUGCUAAGGAGCUUCUGCUUCAGUCAGGACAACAAAGACGGCUCGAUCAGGUGGAUGAGUUUCAGUCCGCUGCGUCUGCUGGCUCUGGGCGCCAUUGUGGUCUCCGUAUGCGCUCUGUCCUUUGGCCCCUUCAUCGCCAUGGGUCAGCUCCCUCAGGUCCUGUCCCGUCUCUUCCCCUUUAAGAGGGGCCUCUGUCACGCCUACUGGGCCCCCAACAUCUGGGCCCUCUACAACAUCCUGGACAAGAUCCUGGCGAUGCUCGGUGUUCGUCUGAAGCUGCUGCAGGAGGCGGAGCUUCCUCGAGCCUCCAUGACGGGCGGCUUGGUUCAAGAGUUUCAGCACUCAGUCCUCCCCUCCAUCUCGCCGUCCAUCACACUCGUCUGCACUCUGCUGUCCGUCCUGCCAGCUGCGGCGUCCAUCUGGCGGCGUCCCCGUGGUGCUCGGGGUUUCCUGCGCUGCCUGCUGCUCUGCGCUCUCGGCUCCUUCAUGUUUGGCUGGCACGUCCACGAGAAGGCCAUCCUCCUCGCCAUCCUGCCGCUCAGCAUCCUGGCGGUGGAGAGCAGAGAGGAUGCUGGGAUCUUCUUGAUCCUGAGCACCACGGGUCAUUACUCCCUGUUCCCGCUGAUCUUCACCCCCGCAGAGUUGCCCAUCAAAGUUGCGUUGAUGCUGAUGUUUGUGAUCUUCUCUUUCAUCGCUCUGACGAAGCUUCACAGCAACAGCGGAGUGGCCUCUCUCCUUCAUCCUCUGGAGUCCGUCUACCUUCUGGGACUGAUCCCAGUCGCCAUCGCAUGUGAGGUUAUCUUCCCUCUGUCGUCGUGGCAACAGAAGCUGCCCUUCCUACCCCUGCUGGUGACCUCGGUGUACUGCUCGAUGGGUGUGUGUUACUCCUUCCUGCGUUUGUACAUCAGCAUGCUGAGGGAUGAGGAGAGACCCAAACAGGCGUGAGCCGCCGUCCCGUACUGAACCUGAGAGGUCAGAUCCCCAGACACACCUGCAGCUCACCUGCAGCUCACCUGUCCUCCUGCACACACACCAGACCUCAGACAGUGACUGCUCACUGUGCAGACCAAUCAGGACAAAGGGACCACCGUGUUUACAAAAACUGUCCAUCAACUGUGUCGUUGUUUACCGGCUGGAUUUUCAGUUUCUUCUUCUUUGUGUCAACCAACACAGACCUGUGACAUCACUUCCUGCCGUCAGAGAAGGUGUGGGAUCUCUGGGAACAGAUUAGUUUUGCACUACGCCGGUUAAAAAAACACAGAAAAUGUGAGUUACGAACAGGGGGGGGGGGGGGGGCUGAACCUGAACCAUGAUGUGGAAAUUUAAAUCCUGAAUUUAUCCUCAGUCGUGUCAAGAUUUAAAGUUUAAAGACUGCAGAGAUGUUGAAGGGAAAUUCCGUUUCUUUUUAAAAAUCUGGACCCAUUUUUUUUACGUUCCAUAAAAAUGACUGCAAAGUUUCUGAAUGUCUCCAGAAGGUUUGUUGAUCCUGCGGCGGGGUUUGGAUUCAUUUCUACAUUUAAAAUUCUGGUACAGCUUUAAAUGUGUCGCCCCACCCUCAAAGUUUGUUGUGAUGAUGUCACAGUCUGGAGCGUUUUAUAAGAUGGAUUAAAAAAUUUAUUUUAAAUCAAAUUAAACUGCAAACAGCCGCUGAUGACUGACA